UCCGAAUGUUAAAUUUUAUGUAAAAUUUAUAACAACAAUAAUAAUAAUAUUAAAAUAUAAUAAUAAUAAUAAUAAUAAUAAUAAAAUGUAAUAACAAUAAUAAUAUAAAGUAAAAAAGAAUUAAAAACAACCAAAAACAAAAUUGAAAAAAAAAACAAAAAAAGACAAAAAAAUCAAAUCAGGAGGGGUGGAAUUUGAAAAUGAGGAGGUAAUUACAACCUUCCACAAACAGAAAUUUGGGGCUAGAAAAGAGAAUCCGCAAUGAUCGCGUUGUAUCACUCGAUUGCGAUUGAGAAAGGAAGAAAACAGGUCAUUUGGCAAAUAUUAAGGAGAGAGAAACCGAAUCCACAGUUAAACGUCACGCCACGUGCCCUUCCUCAUGUCAAAUUACCCCUCCCCCAACUUCGUGGUCACUUAAACUACGCCAAAAGCUCUGAAUCUCCCCCUCACACACUCACACACGCACGAAUUCCCCGCCUUCCUCAUUCAACCAAUUUCAUUCGUGGAAAAGUUUGCUCCUUGUUAGAACGUUCUUCCUCUUCUUCUUUAUUCACAAAGUGAUUAAGGUCUAUUAUUUUAGUAAUAAUAUUAGGCGAUCGACUGCGGUUUAUGCUUAAAUAUGGGUAUAAUGAGAAGGAUACCUGCAGGGAUUUUGGUGAUAAGAAGCAUUAGGGGAAAAGAUUGGAGUUUGAAAACGUAUAGAUAUCUCACCCUCUUUGUUACAUUCGUUGCAUACACUUCAUACCAUGCAUCGAGAAAACCUAGUAGCAUUGUAAAAAGCGUGUUGGAUCCUCCUCGCCAUGGAAAUCAAUCCAACUCCAAUACUAACGUUCCCCCGUGGCCAUGGCCGAUGGGCGACUUUUUUAUCCCCAAAAUGAAUGAUACUUAUUCGGAUGAUGGAUGGGCUCCAUUCAACGGGAAAGAUGGCACUUCAAAACUAGGGGAAAUAGACGUUGCAUUUCUAGCGGUUUAUUCAUUAGGGAUGUACGUUGCUGGUCAUUUAGGAGAUACUUUGGAUCUUCGAUUGUUCUUGACAACUGGGAUGAUCGGGAGCGGAAUCUUUGUGGCAUUAUUCGGGAUGGGUUACUUUUGGGAUGUUCAUCAUUUUUGGUAUUUUUUGGGGAUGCAAAUGGUUGCCGGAUUGUUUCAGGCCACUGGUUGGCCAUCGGUGGUGGCAGUGAUCGGUAAUUGGUUUGGUAAAAGGCGGAGGGGAUUGAUAAUGGGGAUUUGGAAUGCUCAUACAUCUGUCGGCAAUAUCAGCGGUUCUCUUCUUGCCGCCAGUGUUCUUGAUUACGGUUGGGGGUGGUGCUUUAUUCUUCCGGCAGCUUUUAUCGUAGCAGCCGGAGUCAUGGUGUUUUUGUUCUUGGCAGCUUAUCCAGAAGAUGUAGGUUUCCUGGAUCCAAGUGAAUCUUCUCCAAAUGCAAGAGGAUCGAUUCAUGAUGAUAAUAUGAUGUGGGAAGAGGGUACAUCAAAUGAUGAGGAGGCCCCUGUUCCUCACAUUCAUUCUGUUAAUCGAAGAGGCGUUGGUUUUGUUGGAGCUUGUUUCAUCCCCGGAGUCAUUCCGUUUUCAUUAUGCCUUUUCUUCUCAAAACUUGUUGCAUACACCUUUCUCUUUUGGUUGCCUUUCUAUCUAAGUCAGACAGAGAUCGGUGGAGAGCGAUUAUCAGUAAAAUCAGCCGGAAACUUGUCGACAUUAUUCGAUGUUGGGGGAAUCUUCGGUGGUAUUUUAGCCGGAUAUAUUUCUGAUAGACUCAAGGCGCGUGCCACCACUGCCGCAACUUUUAUGUACGCCGCCAUCCCAUCAAUGCUUCUAUAUAGAACUUAUGGAAACAUCUCGAAGACCAUGAACAUUAUCCUGAUGAUAAUUGCAGGCCUGUUUAUAAACGGGCCUUAUGCUCUGAUCACCACCGCCGUGUCGGCCGAUCUCGGGACACAUAGUUCUUUGAAAGGCGAUUCACGGGCCUUGGCAACCGUGACCGCUAUUAUUGAUGGCACUGGUUCUAUCGGGGCGGCUUUGGGUCCGCUUUUGACUGGAUUUCUUUCUACAAAAGGGUGGGAUGCGGUAUUCGCGAUGUUGAUGAUUGGUGCAUGUAUCGCGGGUCUACUCUUGACUCGCCUUGUUUGUACUGAACUCACAGAGAGGACGGCCUUGACAAGUCCACGUCCACGAAAUAAUGUUGAAGCUCCUUUAUCACAAUCACUUUUACGUGACGGGAGGAGGUAGUCGUUCGUGAGCAUUUCUGACAAUCGAUACACGUUUUUAAGUAGAAAAGAAUGGUUUACAUAGGACAAAAGAACGACAGGGUGCACGUCUGCAUUCAUAGGUGAUCUUGUAUUAGAUUUGUGAGAUGUGACAUACAACAAAAUCCUAUGAAUAUAUAAUUUUCACAUCAUUUUGUUCAACUAUUAAUGUAUAACAAUCAGCUAUAAAUACAAUUUUGUGGUGUUUUUGCAUUA